ACCUGAGGGGUGAAGAUGCAUUGAUUGGUCAUUUUAAGCAGGGAAGUUUGCCGGCGUGGUAAGCAAUCUCACUCACAUUGGUGUCCUCCGUACGCUCUUGUUUAGCCUUCCCGCUUCCGCGCAGCCCGACCCGGCCACAGCCAUCCAGCCUGCCCCCUUGUGAGUCAAUCUGCGCCCUGUGAGCAGCAUGUCUGAAUACGGCGCUCUGCCGACUAACGGAGUCGGCGCUGGGAUGAAAAAAGACGCUUUUGCAGACGCAGUAGAACGAGCCAGACAGAUCGCAGCUAAAAUCGGUGGUGACGGAGUUCCCAUAGUGAGCAACAACGGAGGAGCUGAGAACUAUCCAUUCGCCUCACAGAAACGAUCCCUGGAAGAAGCAGAUGAACCAGAUGCCAAGAAGCUUGCAUCACAGAGCGAAAGAGAUUCUGGAUUGUCUAUUGAAGCUCAGCUGGCUGCCCUGUCCCAACAAAGUGUCAGGCCCUCCACAAUGACAGAGGAGUACAGAGUGCCUGAUGGCAUGGUCGGUCUGAUCAUCGGCCGAGGAGGUGAACAAAUUAACAAAAUACAACAGGAUUCUGGCUGCAAGGUCCAGAUUGCGCAUGACAGCGCCGGUCUUCCAGAAAGAAGUGUUUCUCUGACAGGGUCACCAGAUGCCAUAGAGAGAGCCAAGGCACUCAUAGAUGACAUCGUGUCGAGGGGUCAUGAGUCGACCAACGGGCAGUCGGGUUCCAUGCAGGAGAUGAUCAUCCCUGCGGGCAAGGCCGGUCUUAUUAUAGGCAAAGGAGGAGAGACCAUCAAACAGCUGCAGGAGCGAGCUGGAGUCAAAAUGAUUCUUAUUCAAGAUGGAUCCCAGCCACCCAACAUAGAUAAACCACUCCGCAUCAUUGGAGACCCCUACAAAGUGCAGCAAGCAAAGGAGAUGGUCAACGAGAUUCUACGAGAAAGGGAUCAUGCUGGUUUUGGAGAUAGGGGUGAUUUUGGACCGAGGAUGGGUGGUGGAGGAGGAGGUGGCGGCGGCGGCAACAACGGGGGUGGCGGCGGUGGCGGCAUUGAUAUAGCUGUGCCCCGCCACUCUGUGGGAGUCGUAAUUGGCCGAAGCGGGGAGAUGAUCAAGAAGAUCCAGAGCGAUGCUGGAGUGAAGAUACAGUUUAAACAAGAUGAUGGCACAGGUCCUGAUAAAAUUGCCCAUAUUAUGGGUCCACCAGACCAGUGUCAGCACGCUGCCUCAAUCAUCACUGACCUACUACAGAGUAUCCGCGCCCGAGAGGAGGGUGGGCAGGGGGGCCCCCCUGGCCCCCCUGGUGCAGGGAUGCCACCUGGUGGACGAGGACGAGGCAGAGGCCAGGGCAACUGGGGUCCUCCUGGAGGAGAAAUGACCUUCUCCAUUCCUGCUCACAAAUGUGGGCUUGUAAUCGGCAGAGGAGGGGAGAACGUCAAGUCCAUUAACCAACAGACCGGCGCGUUUGUGGAGAUAUCCCGUCAGCCCCCACCAAACGGAGACCCCAACUUCAAACUGUUCACCAUCCGAGGGUCACCGCAACAGAUUGACCACGCAAAGCAGCUUAUAGAAGAGAAGAUUGAGGGUCCGUUGUGUCCCGUGGGUGGUAGUCCUGGUCCAGGAGGCCCCGGUGGUCCUAUGGGUCCCUAUAAUCCCAAUCCUUAUAAUGCAGGGCCUCCUGGUGGUGCUCCCCAUGGAGCUGCACCUGGUGGUCCCCAGUUCUGUCCUCAGGGUUGGGGGAACACCUACCAACAGUGGCAAGCCCCAGGACAACAUGACCCCAGUAAGGCGACAGCAGCUGCCGACCCAAACGCAGCAUGGGCAGCCUACUAUGCACAAUACUACGGCCAGCAGCCAGGGGGCGCCAUGGCGGCCCAGAAUCCAGGAGCCCCUGCAGCAGCAGCACCUGGAGACCAGAGCCAAGCAGCGCAGACUUCUGGGGGCCAGCCAGACUACACAAAGGCUUGGGAGGAAUACUACAAGAAGAUGGGCAUGAGCCAGCCUGCUGGAGGGGCAGCAGCUGCUCCAGGUGCAGCAGCAGCAGCGGCAGCGGCAGCAGCAGGUGGAGCAUCUGCAGCCGGAGGCCAACAGGAUUACAGCGCAGCCUGGGCUGAGUACUACAGACAGCAAGCUGCCUAUUAUGGACAGGGAGGGCAGGCGCCUGGACAGGCUGCUGCUCCACAGCAGGGACAACAGGCCCAGUAAAGAAGUGUUUCAGUGUGCUGGACGGUUGUGACGGCUCUCUGGACUUAUUCUCUUUUUUUGUUGUGUUUUAUUUUAUUUUGUUUUGUUUUUUCCCCCUGUCAAGAAAUUUCCAUUUUGGCUUUAACAAAGCAAGAGCACGGUUCACUCAUCUACUCUGACAUUUUCUAUUUCAACCUUGUACUUGUGUGUUUUUUAAAGUCAAAAUUGAAGAAAGGAAAAAGGGAACGCAUUUUUCUCAUGCAUUGGACAAAGCACUAAAUAACUACUUGGGUUACUAUUCAGUUUGCUUCUUCCCCUCACCUACACCUUGUAAUAAAUCUGAUACUUUUUUAAAAAUGUGAAAUAAGCAUCUUUGGUUGCAAGCUAGCAUAACCGCAUCCCCACAAUGAUUCACGUUUCAGUAGUCUUUCUCCCCUUCAGUUUCCUGAGGGUAAAACAGUGCAGUAUUUUGAAUAUAUCCAGAAAUUAUGUUUGUAAGAACAAAAGCAAAAUAUUUAGGGUUGGGUUUUUUUCUUGUUCUUGGUACUUUUUAACCUUUUUUUUUUUCCUUUUUUCUUUUUUUUUUUUUUAACAUUCCCAGUGGUUAAGUUGCAGGUGUAUUUCUUCCUGCAGUCAUGAUUUCUGAUUUUUAAUUUUAUUCAUUGUAAUUAUUUUCUCUGAGGGUUGUGUGUGUGUGUCUGUAUACAGUGUAUGCUACUGAACAGAAAAACGUGUGUGUGUUGGCUGUAAUAAGGCACUGUCUGUCCCACAGUGUGUGUGUGUGUGUGUGUGUGUGUGUGUGUUAGUGCCCUCUGAUUAUUUCUACAACUUUGUUGUUGUUGGACUUUUUUUGUUCCUAUAGGUUCUGUCAUAUUUUUUUUUAAUGUUAUUUUUUUACAGCUUGUUUUUAAAUACUUAAGAAUAAAAACAUUCAAAUCUA